AUGGCCACCGGUGUGGCUCCAGCUCCUCUCCCACAUGUCAGAGUGCGUGAUGGUGGCGUCGGGUUCACCAGGAGCGUCGACUUUGCGAAGGUCUUGUCUGCUCCCGGCGCUGGCACGAUGAGGACAAGCUCCUCCAGAGGCAGGGCACUCGUGGCGAAGAGCUCAAGUACUGGUUCGGAGACCAUGGAGCUCGAGCCAUCUUCAGAAGGAAGCCCACUUUUAGUACCCAGGCAAAAGUACUGUGAAUCAAUACACCAGACGAGGAGGAGGAAAACUCGAACCGUGAUGGUGGGGAAUGUGCCACUUGGCAGUGAUCAUCCCAUAAGGAUUCAAACCAUGACGACUUCUGAUACCAAGGAUGUUGCAAAAACAGUAGAGGAGGUGAUGAGGAUAGCAGAUAAAGGAGCUGAUAUUGUUAGAAUAACCGUCCAGGGUAGGAAGGAAGCUGAUGCCUGCUUUGAGAUCAAGAACACUCUGGUUCAGAAGAAUUACAACAUUCCACUAGUGGCCGAUAUUCAUUUUGCUCCUACAGUAGCUCUAAGGGUGGCAGAAUGCUUUGACAAAAUUCGUGUGAACCCAGGAAAUUUUGCUGAUCGUCGUGCUCAAUUCGAAAAGCUGGAAUAUACUGAUGAUGACUACCAAAAAGAGCUCGAGCAUAUUGAGAAGGUGUUUUCUCCAUUAGUUGAGAAAUGCAAGCAGUAUGGGAGAGCAAUGCGUAUAGGAACAAAUCAUGGCAGUCUUUCUGACCGCAUAAUGAGCUACUAUGGUGAUUCUCCACGGGGAAUGGUUGAGUCUGCUUUGGAAUUUGCUAGGAUAUGUCGGAAGUUGGACUUCCACAACUUUGUAUUUUCGAUGAAAGCUAGUAACCCUGUUAUCAUGGUCCAAGCAUAUCGCCUGCUUGUGGCAGAAAUGUAUAACCUUGGAUGGGAUUAUCCCUUGCACUUGGGUGUUACAGAAGCUGGAGAGGGUGAAGAUGGAAGGAUGAAGUCUGCUAUUGGCAUUGGGACACUGCUAAUGGAUGGCUUGGGUGAUACAAUCCGUGUCUCCCUCACAGAACCACCAGAAGAAGAGAUUGAUCCUUGCCAAAGGUUGGCAAAUCUUGGGGCACAGGCUGCAAACCUUCAAAUUGGGGUGGCCCCGUUUGAAGAAAAGCACAGGCGUUAUUUCGAUUUCCAGCGUAGGAGUGGUCAAUUGCCUUUGCAGAAGGAGGGUGAGGAAGUUGACUACAGAAAUGUCCUGCAUCGUGAUGGUUCUGUACUGAUGUCAGUUUCCCUGGAUCAAUUAAAGGCUCCUGAGCUCCUUUAUAGGUCUCUUGCAGCAAAGCUUGUGGUUGGCAUGCCUUUCAAGGAUCUGGCUACUGUAGAUUCCAUUCUUUUGAGGGAGCUCCCCCCUGUAGAAGAUGCUGAAGCUAGGCUUGCACUGAAAAGAUUAGUUGACAUCAGCAUGGGCGUGCUGACCCCCUUAUCGGAGCAGUUGACAAAGCCACUCCCACAUGCAAUUGUACUUGUCAACCUCGACGAAUUGUCAAGUGGUGCACACAAACUUUUGCCAGAAGGCACUAGACUAGCUGUCACUCUUCGUGGUGAUGAAUCAUACGAGCAGCUAGAUAUUCUUAAGGAUGUUGAUGAUAUAACAAUGUUGUUACAUAAUGUUCCAUAUGGUGUGGAGAAGACAGGCAGGGUGCAUGCUGCUAGGAGGUUAUUUGAGUACUUACAGGCCAAUGGCUUGAACUUCCCUGCAAUUCAUCACAUAGAUUUCCCUAAAGCCAUUGACAGAGAUGGUCUUGUCAUUGGUGCUGGGGCCAACGUUGGUGCUCUCCUAGUCGAUGGUCUUGGUGAUGGUGUACUUCUUGAAGCUGCUGACCAGGAAUUUGAGUUCCUGAGGGACACAUCUUUCAACUUGCUCCAGGGUUGCAGGAUGCGCAACACAAAAACUGAAUAUGUGUCUUGUCCUUCCUGUGGCCGAACACUCUUUGACCUUCAGGAAAUCAGCGCUCAGAUUAGAGAAAAGACCUCUCAUCUGCCAGGUGUCUCGAUCGCUAUCAUGGGUUGUAUUGUCAAUGGUCCAGGAGAGAUGGCCGAUGCCGAUUUCGGGUAUGUUGGAGGCGCUCCUGGAAAGAUCGACCUUUACGUUGGCAAGACUGUUGUGCAGCGCGGCAUUGCUAUGGAAGGUGCCACUGACGCUUUGAUCCAGCUGAUCAAGGACCAUGGCCGAUGGGUGGAUCCUCCUGCCGAGGAGUAG